AUAAGAAGCUAGUAAACAAUAACUUAAACCAACAUCAUACAGCCCAUACAACAAGACUCAGAGUAAAAAGUAGCUGUCUGUAUAUAUAUUGGAUGGUUUUAUGUCACAUUAAAAGUGUAAUUUAAAUUAGUAAAUUCAUGAAUUGGGUUAAGUGUACGUCUUGUAAGAAGAUAUACAUGAUACAUGCCAAUUGCCAAGACUUGUUCUCCUGUAAUUGUAAACUCCGUGAAGACCGUAAUACUCAAGACCAACGCGGCAUUACUCAGUGCUGACAGAGAUGCGUGACAGAGAUGCGUGCUGACAGAGACUUUAUGAUAGGCGAGGUGGCUCAAGAUUCUUGGAUUAAUAUUUUCUUAUGAUAGCCUCCGUAUAAAUUAAGUGUAAAUGUUCAUCAUUCUGGAUAACCUUUAAACUGCAUUUCUCUCAAGUAAGUCAUUCUCUUCUUGCUGUUUGUAAUCUGCAAUCUCUGAGAAAGAAGAUGUCCCAAAAAAAUAGUGGAUUUGGCAAGUCUGGCAGUUUAAAUCAUCUGGGUUUUGACCUUCCUGAUGUCUGGCCUUCUGCAACCUGUUCUCAACCUUCCACUACACCUCAAUCUGAUGGGGCGAGUGCUGAAAUCAUUGAUGGGCACUCUAUUGCUGCUAUAAUAAAGUCACAAAUUGCUGACGAAGUUAAGAGAAUGAAGGAUACUGUUGGGAAACAACCUUGUUUGGCAAUUGUUUUGGUUGGUGAAAGAGAUGAUUCUCACUCUUUUAUCCAUAUCAAGGUGAAAGCUUGUGAUGAAGUUGGAAUCUCUUCGUCUGUGGUUGAGCUGCGUGCAGAUUGUACUGAGGAUGAAGCCCUUGAGGCUGUUUCAAAUCUAAACAAAGAUCCAUCAGUUCAUGGUGUUAUUGUGCAACUUCCCCUUCCACAACAUUUGGACGAGAAGAAAAUGAUGGAUGUUAUUGAUCCCGAAAAGGACGUAGAUGGUUUUCAUCCUUUGAAUGUGGGAUGUCUUGCAAUGAAGGGGAGGGAGCCCUUAUUUGUUCCAUGUGCAGCCAAAAGUUGUAUUGAUGUAUUGUUGAGGUUUGGUAUUGAAAUUGCGGGAAAGAAUGCAGUUGUUAUUGGACGAAGCAAAAUUGUUGGUUUGCCUGUUUCAUUGUUGCUGCAGAGGCACCAAGCUACUGUGAGUGUUGUGCAUCCAUUCACCAAGAAGCCACAAGAAAUAACUCGUGAGGCGGAUAUAGUAAUUACAGAUGUAGGUGUGCCUAACAUGAUCCGAGGCAAUUGGUUAAAACCGGGUGCAGUCGUUAUAGAUGCAGGAACCAAUGCAGUUAAGGACCCGAGUAAGGAACAUGGAUUCCACUUAAGUGGUGAUGUAUGCUUUGAAGAAGCUGUAAGAGUGGCAUCUGUAAUUACUCCUGUUCCUGGUGGAUUGGGACCUGUAACAAUCUCUAUGCUGCUCUCCAAUACUCUCGAUUCUGCUAAGCGCGCAUAUGGAUUUGUCUAAAGGAAGCUUCAUCGGGACCGAAGUAGUAUGUUGUCCACUGAGGAAUAUACCGCUGCAGAAACAUAUAAGGCUGUUCAUAAAGCAUAUGUUUCCUUCCUGCAACAGAAAGCAAAAUUGAGCUGGCUCAAAGAUGGUGAUGAAAUUCUUCUUUGUUCCAUAGAUCAAUCAAGUAGAGGAAUCAUAGGAACGAGUAUGCUGUUAAAACUGAAGAUCAGAUAUGGCAGGAGACUCCAGAAAAGGUUGCAGAUGCUUUCAUUGAUUAUUAUGGCAGUAGAAACAUGUGUGGGCUGUGUCCAACUCUCCACAGAGCAGGAUAAUCUAUGGGAAAAGUGGAUCCUUGCUGUCUACCUACGCUCUAAGGACUGUAGCUGGUAUUAAAGAAAGUUUGUGAAACGAAGGAGAAGACGAAACCUCUUUUUACAGAAGCAACAAGUAAGUUUCUCCGCAUAGAAGAGUUACAAGUUACUGGCUGAUGUUCCAACAAGAGUUCAUUGGGAUAGAGCUGUUUGGAACAGGUUGAGUGUGCCUAAGCACAGAUUUAUCCAUGUGGGUUGCAGUUUGGAAGAGACUCGAAACAAAAGAGAAAUUGGUUUGGCCUGAUUUCUGAUAAUCUAUGUCAGAUUCGUCGUCAAAUGAUCAUUUAUUUUUCAAAUGUCAUUUCAGUACUCAAUGUAUGAUAAUGAUUGAUAUGAAAAUUUGGCUAGGAAUAACCGGCAAAUGUGAGUCUAUACUUGGCGUAAUCAGAUGGAUUGAGAGGGGAAAAAGCUGGUCUGGUUGGUUGCUUAGGCUCCAAUUCUGUACACAAUUUGGAAUGUGAGGAAUGAAGCAGUCUGGAAUAUGAUAUGGGAGAAGAUUUGGAAUUACUGGGCUAUAAGUUGAUAAAUAAAUGAAAGCCAAAUCUAGGAUGAGAUGGUCGCACACAAACAUAAUGUAAAAGAAGAAAGAAAAUGGCCCCAAGAAACUGUGGAUGUGGCGACAGCUGCAGCUGUGAUGACUGCAACUGCAACAGGAUGUACGGAAGGACUGAGUGUGGCUGUGGAGACGAUUGCAGCUGCGACCCAUGCACCUGCGAAUAAAUUCACUUAUCCUCCUGAUUCCUGAUUCCCGAUUCCUGUAUUAUGAUUUAUAAAUAUGUGUGGUUUUAUUUCUUGUGAAAUUAAUAUGAUUGUGAUGUGAACUGAACAAAUAGGCCAUGACAUCUUCAGGUCUGAUGUAUAUCUUCAUCUGUUGAUGGUUUCAUGGUCCAUCGGUUUGUGACUGUAAUUCUGUACUGAUUGCUGAACUGAAAGAAAGAUAUAUUUGACAAAAACUUGUAUUUUGCUUGUU